UUGGCCAUCUUGUUCCUGGCUGGGCCCGCGCCUCCUCCUUUACUGACCUCAUUCGUUCACUCACUCAUUCAUCCCUCGCCCAGACACUCCCUCUGUUGGCCUCCACCCUGCCUACCCCGACGCUGCGCCGCUCCUGUCCAGCUUCUCUGCCACAACCCUGACCCUCCGACUCGUCCGCUCUUCGGUCAGGGGUCUUCCUGGAGCUUAAAUCGGAUACUGUCACUCCCUUUUUGAGCCUUGGGGGCAGCGCUGCGCUGCGACCCAGGCCGGGCUAAGCCACGACCACCGUCCCCGGUCGAGGCUCUCUCCUCCUUGUGGCCUUGGCCCUGAGGACCCUCGGCCUCGCGCUCCUUCCCGCGCAGCUCCUCCCUGAGCCCUUGCUGGGGGCCCUCGGUCAGCGCUGGGCGCGAUGGGCUACUGACGCGUCUGACCCGUGGCCUGCGGGCUCAGGGUGGGCCUGGGGGAGGCUUGGGGCGGAGGGGCACGAACCCGCGUGGCUCGGCUCAUAGCACGCAGGUGGGGCCGCCGUGACGGUCCGCAGGAGCCUGGGCACACUGGCCCUCCGUCCUCGCACCCGUCCCCUCCGACUUAACGCAGGGGCGCCGAGGCCGGCGACCCUCUCCCGGUUCCGGCGAGAGUAGGAGGUGGAGCCUCAGCUCAAGGGAAGGGCGGCGUGGGCAGAGCCCCCAGGAGCCCAGUCUUUGGCCCGCCCCGCUGCAUCGGGGCGGGGUUUGGGGCAGCCGGAGGCGGGUCCAUGCCAGGGCCGAGUUGGAGGAAGCCGGAAGCCAAGCCCCGCGAGCCACCCUAUCGACCCCUGGCCCGCUCUGGCGCCAGCCGGGCUUGGGGCCUCCUUCCUGUCCGGGCUCCGGGUUCCGCGCCCGCGCCCCCGGCUGUGCUCCAGGCGUUGGGCUGCUCCCUGGGGCUGCCAAGGGGGGGUGGGCAGUGCACUCACCUGCCUGUGAGUGGUAGUGUUUGGGUCCUGCCCACACUGAGUGGCCCAGAGUGACCACGGUCAGGCCAUGGGGACUGCACUUGUGUACCACGAGGACAUGACAGCUGCCCGGCUGCUCUGGGACGACCCCGAGUGCGAGAUCGAGUGCCCGGAGCGCCUGACCACAGCCCUGGAGCGCCUGCAGCAGCGUGGUCUGGAGCAAAGGUGUCUGCGGCUGGCGGCCCGGGAGGCCUCGGAGGCGGAACUGGGCCUGGUGCACAGCCCGGAGUAUGUGGCCCUGUUGCAGGGGACCCAGGCCUUGGGCACCAGGGAGCUCCAGACCCUGUCUGGACAGUACGAUGCCGUCUACUUCCACCCGAGUACCUUCCACUGUGCCCGGCUGGCCGCGGGGGCGGCGCUGCAGCUGGUGGAUGCAGUGCUGGCGGGAGCUGUGCGCAACGGGCUCGCCCUGGUGAGGCCUCCUGGGCACCAUAGCCAGAGGGCUGCUGCCAAUGGAUUCUGCGUGUUCAACAACGUGGCCAUAGCAGCCAAACAUGCCCAACGGCAGCACGGGCUGCACAGGAUCCUCAUCGUUGACUGGGAUGUCCACCACGGCCAGGGCAUCCAGCAUAUCUUUGAGGACGACCCCAGCGUCCUUUAUUUCUCCUGGCACCGCUAUGAGCACGGGCGCUUCUGGCCCUAUCUCCGAGAGUCAGAUGCAGACGCUGUUGGGCAGGGCCCGGGCCUUGGCUUCACUGUCAACCUGCCCUGGAACCAGGUCGGGAUGGGAAAUGCUGACUACGUGGCCGCCUUCUUGCAUGUGCUGCUGCCCGUGGCCUUUGAGUUCAACCCUGAGCUGGUCCUAGUCUCCGCGGGAUUUGACUCAGCCAUCGGGGAUCCCGAGGGGCAGAUGCAGGCCACGCCAGAGUGCUUCGCCCACCUCACGCAGCUGCUGCAGGUGCUGGCUGGUGGCCGGGUCUGCGCCGUGCUGGAGGGUGGCUACCACCUGGAGUCACUCUCGCAGUCCGUGUGCAUGAUGGUGCAAGCGCUGCUGGGCGACCCUGCCCCGCCCCUGUCGGGGCCCAUGGUGCCGCAUGGCAGCGCCCUGGAGUCCAUCCAGAGUGUCCGGGUGGCCCAGGCCCCUCACUGGGUGAGCCUCCAGCAGCAAGGUGUGGCCCCUGUAUUGAGUCCCAGUCCCCGCUCCCCAGAGGGGAGGCCCUCGCCUCUGCUGCUGCCCGGGGGGCCUGAAUUCAAGGCAGCAGCGACCCAGGACGUGGCUGCCCUGAGCUCCCUCCUGGACCAGCUGCGCCUCAAUCCCACGCCCCCUGUACGCACGGCUGUUGCCUUGACUGCGCCAGAUGCUGCCCUGGCCCUGCCCUCUGAUGUCCUCUGUGAGGAGGGGUCAGCCGCACAGGAGGAGACGCAGGCCUGGGCCAGGCCACAUGAGGCCCUGGCCCAGGACAGGGCCCUCACUGCACUCGGGAAGGUCCUGUACCUCUUGGACAGGAUCCUGGACGGGCAGAAACGGAGCAAUUUGACCUCAGAGUGCACAGGUGACAGCCAUGUAGACACGGGCCAAAAGAAGGGACACAUGGGUCUGUUUACCUGGUUUGGGAGUUACCCUCUACGCCUGUUAUUCACUCCACAGGUGAGCAGUGGCGUUGCAGUCACCCCAGCCUCUGCUGCAGCUGCCACCCUGGAUGUGGCCAUUCGGUGUGGCCUGUCCCACGGAGCCCAGAGGCUGCUUUGUCUGGCUGUGGGGCAGCUGGAUCGGCCCCCAGAUCUCAGGGAUGACGGGAGGAAUCUAUGGCUGAAUAUUGGGGGCAAGGAGGCAGCUGCCCUGUCCAUGUUCCACGUCUCUGUGCCACUGCCAGGGACGACUGGAGGGUUUCUGAGCUGUGUCCUGGCCCUGGUGCUGCCCCUGGCCUACAGCUUCCAGCCUGACCUGGUGCUGGUGGCGCUGGGGCCCGCCCAUGGCCUGCGGGACUCCCAAGCUGCACUCCUGGCUGCGCUGCUUCGGGGCCCAGCAGGGGGCCGAGUCUUGGCCCUUGUGGAUGAGGAAUCCGCACCCCAGCUUGCGGUGGUCCUGGCCAGGGUGUUGCAUGGAGAGGCAGCCCCCGGCCUGGGUGCCUUCUCCAUGGCCUCCCCAGACGACGUGCAGGCCCUGAUGCAGCUGAGAGGGCAGCUGGAGCCACGGUGGAAGAUGCUGCAGGUGGCCAGUGAGGCUGGGGGGCCAGGCUCAGGCUGAAUGCUUGGGGCCUUGGGCGACAGCUGCCUUAGAGCUCUGUGGGGAGACGGGUUCACGUCCCGGGGAGCGGGGUGCUGCCCUGAACCAGCUCACAGCCGCGUCAAGCAGUUGUGCACCUCUUCCCAGCUCCUCCUUGAGUGCUGUGAUCUGGUAGCUUGAAAUCGGCCAGGGUGGGAGAAUUUACACCCCGGAAAAGACACUACCAACUAGUCCCCCAAGAGCCUGUUGUUAACCAUUCACCAGCACACCUCUGCGCGAGGCCUCUGUCCUGAGGGCUGGGCUACGGGGCUGCCCAGGACACUGGGUCAGGGGCUCUGUAUCCCCCGCCCCAGCGCGGACUCCCCCCUCCGGCGACCCGUCUCUGCACGGACGGCCCCUCCCUCGCUCCCUCCCCGCCCCAUCAGUAAACGUCGGUUAAGCGAAA